AUGGCUCUUCGUUCAUUCUUUCUCAUGACCCUCGUCUUCGCGCUGGCCGUGGUGGCGACGCCCAUUCGGAUCCGCAACAAUCGCAUAACGCUGCCCAUGGUCAAACGGGCUAACUCGACGAGCAUGACUUCAAUAGUUCUGCGCGAUCAGGCUCGCGCUCUGAACUUCAAGGGUCGGACGUCUAAGAAUCAGCGCCGCACGAACGGCACCACCGGUGACAUUGCUGCAACCAACCAGGCUGAGGAUUAUGUUGUCAGCGUUGGCAUUGGCUCCCCCCCGACAUACUAUACGCUCUUGGUCGAUACUGGUUCUUCUAACACGUGGGUUGGCGCCGCCAAAGCGUACGUGCAAACAACCACUUCCGUUAACACCGGCGAUAGUGUGACUGUCACGUAUGGUUCUGGGGCGUUCACCGGUACUGAGUUCGAGGACACGGUCACGCUUGGUGAUUUGACGAUCGCCGGACAAUCGAUCGGCGUUGCCAGUGAAGCUGAAGGAUUCUCUGGUGUUGAUGGUAUCAUUGGGCUUGGUCCGCAGGAUUUGACCGCCGGUACUGUUAGCUCGGGAAACGCGGAUACUGCCACUGGCGGUGGCCACAGCAGGCAUAAUAAUAAGGAUGCCUCCCGCAAGAACGGACGAUCAAGCUUCACAACGAGCGAGACGAGCGAUGAGGUCCCGACCGUUACGGAUAAUCUCUUCUCGCAAGGCACUAUCGCUGAGAACGUUGUCGGCAUCUUCUUCGCGCCCACCACCUCGGAUAACGACACGAACGGCGAGCUUACAUUCGGUGGGGUCGACGAUUCGAAGACCACUAGCGACGUCACUUACACGUCUAUCACAACGACAUCUCCUGCAAGCGAGUACUGGGGCAUAGAUCAGUCCAUUACGUAUGGAUCCUCGGGAACGUCCAUCCUUGCGUCGACUGCUGGCAUCGUUGACACCGGAACUACUCUCAUUCUGCUAUCUACCGAUGGAUACAGUGCAUACAUGGAGGCCACUGGUGCUACAGAGGAUGAGACAACCGGCUUGUUGACGAUCUCCAGCACAGAUUACGACAAUCUUCAGAGCCUGUUCUUCAACAUUGGCGGGACCUCCUUCGAGCUGACUGCUAACGCUCAGACAUGGCCUCGUUCUCUGAACACCGCCAUCGGUGGCAGCGCCGACGACAUCUACCUCGUCAUCAGCUCAACUGGCACACCGUCCGGCGAGGGUCUCGACUUCAUCAACGGCUACACCUUCCUGGAGCGCUUCUACUCCGUCUUCGACACCACCAACUCGCGCGUCGGCUUUGCAACGACCGCGGACACCAAUUCGACGUCCAACUGA